AAAUAGUCCAAUACUCUCUUUUUACUCAAAAACUCUAAUUACCGAACACCCUCAACAUAUUUCUAAAUGAUACAAUUCUGCAUAAUAUAAUGGAUUUCUAAAGGAUACAUUAACCUGGUGUAAACUAAUAUUAACGAAAAUCGGGUCCACGCCCGUUAAAUUGAUUGUCUACCUAGAUUGAACUCCCACUCAUAAUCCCAUUAUAAAUCACCCACGUUGUACUCUUACUAGUUACUAUCCCAAUUUCCUCGGAACACAUACACCAUCUCCCACCGCGCGCACCCUUUCUCUUUCCUCCUCUUGCGUAAAUCCAUCUCCUUCUCCUUUGAUCUAAGAACAACUACCCCCACCCAAAAACAACCACAAAAUCAGAGUCUUUCAUUUUCUACUCCACAACUAAACAACAACAAUACCCCUUACCCCCAAAACCCAAAAAAAAAAAAAUGGACCACCCCAAAUUCAUGAUCGAAUCAUCAGAAGCAGAAAAAAUGGUAAAAAACUUAGGCUUACAAUCCGUCCUCCACCUCCUCCCAAUCAUUGCAAAAUCAGCACAAAAUCUCGCCCGUCAUCCCAUCUCCGGCUUCCCCGUCGCCGCCGUAGGAUUAGCAUCCGACGGCCGUAUAUUCAUCGGCGUAAAUGUCGAAUUUCCAAAAUUACCUCUGCACCAUUCCAUCCACGCUGAACAAUUCCUCAUCACAAAUCUCUCUCUUCACCCACAACAAACCCAUCUUAAAUACAUCGUUGUUUCCGCCUACCCAUGUGGCCAUUGCCGUCAAUUUCUCCAAGAAGUUCGUGGCGCACCCGAUAUACAGAUCUUCGUACCCAAAUCGGACAAUCUCGAUGAUGAUGAUGAUGAUAAAGUAGAUUGUUUUAAGCCAUUGUCGUAUUUUUUACCUAACAGAUUUGGUCCAAAUGAUCUAUUACACAAAGAUGUACCCUUGAUUCUGGAAACUCAUGACAACCAUUUAGUGCUCGAAGAUAGUAGUGUUGUUGGUAACAACAAUGUCGAAACGGGGAAUUUGUGUAAUGGAUUCUCUCAAUUUGAGGAGAGAGAGUUUGUGUUGGCUGCGUUUGAUGCUGCUAAUAAGUCUCAUGCACCAUAUAGUGGGUGUUUUUCUGGGGUUGCUUUAAUUGAUAAUGAUGGUAUGAUUUAUAAGGGUUCUUAUAUGGAAUCUGCUGCGUAUAAUCCGAGUAUGGGGCCUGCACAAGCCGCCAUUAUCGCUUACAUGGCGGCGAGGGCUGAAGUUGGUGGUUUUGUGUGUGAUUAUGAGCGUAUUGUGGGUGCUGUUUUGGUUGAAUUUGAAGAUGCAGCUGUUAGACAAGAAGAGACUGUCAGAUUGUUUUUACAAAUGGUUUCUCCUAAAUGUGAAUUUCAUGUUUUUCAUUGCAAAAAAUCAGGUUUUUCUGUGAGUGAUUGAGUUUUUACUUCAGGAAAGAUUAUUGUUUCCUGUUAAUUGAAUGUGAUGAUUCUGAUAAAUAAUCCAUGAUCUGAUCUUUGUGUAUAAAAAAAAAUUUACUUCUAUGUUAAUAAUUAUAGUACUUAAUUAUGUUGUUUUCUCUGAAA